UGCGUGUAUGCGGAGUUUGUUGUCGUCAGACGUCGCCACAUAGUGCAUCGUUGUUUUCGUGUGAUGUGUACGGUCGAGAAAGAGGACGUGAAAGAACAGUGCAUCGCAAUGAAUAUUUGUGAUGUUUGAUUAAUUAGGCGUCACAUUAUGUAGGCAGUACGUACAGUUGCAGGCUGAUAUUUACAGCUCCAUCGUUGCUCACGUAGUUGCAAAGGGAAUUUGAAACGUGUCAAAGAACCGGUUGUACACUGAAUUAGUUGGAGAUGAAGCUAAUCAACAUACGACGAAGUCGUCUAGUGAAACUCACCCUAGUCGGGGUAGUAGUAAUAUUCACCAUCACGUUCCUGUUGCCAAGUCCAACGGGUAAAAUGAAAGAACGAUUCACACGCUAUACAAGACAAAGGGUAUCUCCUUCCCUACCAGUAUUUAAGCAGGAUGUUCUUGGUAACUUCGAACCUCCGAAAGAAGAUAGAGAUCUCAAGAAACCCGGUGAAAUGGGUAGGGCGUUUCACCUCUUGCCAAAAGAUCAAAACAACGUGGCACAUGCUCAAAUGGAGUAUGGUAUGAACAUGGUGGUCAGCGAUCAUAUUUCUCCAAACCGUUCUGUGCCAGACAUGAGAAUGGAAGAGUGUAAAUAUUGGCAGUACCCGACGGAUCUUCCCACGACAAGUGUUGUCAUCGUUUUCCACAACGAAGGCCUCUCAGUGCUGAUGAGGACGAUCCACAGCGUCAUCAACAGAUCUCCACCGCAGUUUCUCAAGGAGGUUGUUCUUGUUGAUGACUACAGUGAUAAAGAAAAUCUCAAGGGUGAGCUAGAAACGUACAUAGCAAGAAAUUUCCGAUCCAAAGUGCGUCUGCUGCGCAACAGGGAGCGGGAAGGCUUAAUCCGGUCAAGGACCUACGGUGCCGAACAGUCCCGUGGUGAAGUCGUACUGUUUCUCGACGCUCACUGCGAAGUUGGCCCUAAUUGGCUUCCCCCUCUACUAGCACCUAUAUAUUACAAUCGGACCACAAUGACAGUACCAGUUAUCGACGGCAUCGACAAGGACACCUUCGAGUACCGCCCAGUGUACCACGGUGGAACACUUUUCCGUGGGAUCUUCGAGUGGGGCAUGCUGUACAAAGAGAUUGAAAUCCCCAGCAGCGAAGUCACCCGCAGAAAACACGAGAGCGAACCUUACAAGUCCCCCACCCAUGCCGGUGGCCUGUUUGCCAUUGACCGAGAUUACUUCCUCACGCUGGGAGGUUACGAUCCGGGCCUUCUCGUCUGGGGAGGAGAAAAUUUUGAGCUGUCUUUCAAAAUUUGGCAGUGCGGUGGCAGCAUCGAAUGGGUUCCUUGUUCCAGGGUCGGGCACGUCUACAGAGGUUUCAUGCCCUACAGUUUUGGAAAGCUGGCUCAAAAACGAAAAGGACCUCUUAUCACCGUGAAUUACAAGCGUGUAGUGGAAGUGUGGAUGGAUGAGUAUAAAGAGUACUUCUACACGAGGGAGCCCCUGGCCAAGUAUUACGAUGCAGGCGACGUCUCGGAACAGCUUGUCCUCCGCAAUCGCCUUCAGUGCAAGGGCUUCAAGUGGUUCAUGGAGAAUGUUGCCUAUGAUGUGCUCAAGAACUUCCCCCUUCUCCCAAAGAACAUUUACUGGGGAGAGGUUCGUACGAUGGUGUCUGGGAACUGCCUGGAUGCCAUGAACUCAAACCCGCCAUCGACAGUGUCCGUAACUCCCUGCCACGGAACCGGCGGUAAUCAGGUGUUCAGGAUAAAUGCAGAAGGGCAGCUAGGAGUCGGUGAGAGGUGUAUCGAUGCCAGCAUCCACAGUAUGCAGCUGGUCUAUUGCUCACUGGGAACCGUUCACGGACCGUGGAAAUACCUUGCCGAGACAAAGCAACUUUUUCACAAGGAUCUCAAGAAGUGUCUUGAGUAUAACCAGCAGGAGAACUACCUGAAGUUGGUCAACUGCAACACAGAAACGUUGGGACAGCAGUGGAAAUUUCAGGAGAUUCAUCCACGGUGAGCGGGUAGCUCAUCGUUUGCACAAGGCCAUGCUUUGUCUACGGUAUGUGGUGUUAGCGGUGUUCCUCACGUACGUGAAAGUGCUCAUCCGUUUGUGUCGAAUUCGCUUUUUCCCAUUGUGACUUUUCUGUUGUUCCAUGUUCUUUUUUCCUUUUUUUUUUAUGUGGCUUUGGUAUGCAUCUUUGCACAAUUGUAUCGGACCUCCCUAUUUGUGAUUGUUGUGGCGAAAUCUUAACUUUUACGGUUGCCGCAGCCAAAGUGAACGGCGGACACAUAUCAGUGUGAACAUGGGAGGGCAAAGUGGAUGGGGUACCACAGCAAUAAUCUUUUGGGACAGUGGAUCCUCUUGUAUUUUAUGCUUUAAAGUAGAAAAUGGGGCAACAUUCAACGUGACCUCUCUAUUUUCUACUUCAAAUGCAUGUUAUUCUAGCAUCAAAACAUGGGUGACACGUCUGUGCAGGAGCUCACGAGGUCAAGAACCUAUUUGCUCUGAUACUGGGUGGAGGAUCUAAUUUCUUACGUCUGUGUUCUUUGGGCAUUCGCAAAAGUGAACGCCAUUGUUUGUUGGAACGUAAUGUUAAGUGGAGAUGUUGCAGAAUUUGGUACAAUUUCAUCCCUGGUGUAUCCGAAGGACAUUAUGAAAGGACAUUAUAACAAAUGUGAUUUAUAUAACUGUGACGUGACAGCAUUGCCGUCAUUUCUUUUCUGCAUGGAGAAGGUGCUGUACUUUCUUUUUCUUUUUUUCGGAAUAUAAGCGGCGCUCAUGAGCUCUGUGAUUCAGGAAUAUCCGUGUGGGUAAUUGCCACUAACAUUCCAAACUUAUGCAAAUGGUUGUUGAGUGUCAACAUGUACAUGUUUCUGUGAGAGAAAGUUUGAACCAGAAUGAUGAAUCUGCAAUUAUUAUGAUUUUUUUUUUUCUUUGAAUGUACGUCAUUUCAGGGCAUUAUACCUAUGCUAAGAUACGUACUGUGAAUGCAGAGUUAGGGGUGUGCUGUGAAUAAUUUUAGUAUUGUUUCUGUUAAUGAUGUAUGUGUCACUGCGUUCCAGUUUGUUUUUGCAUGUUUGCAAAUUACUCAUUUAUGUGGAGCAGCAUUUUCUUUUUUUUCAACACAUUCUGCACCAAUAGAAUAAGCCGCACAGUUUUUUUUGCCAUCAUGUGGGUGUGGGGUAUGUUUAUGCAAUAUUUUUGGGAUUCAGAUAUGCUCAUGAAACUGUUGAGAAAUAAAAUAUUUUGUUAUA